AAGUUUCCUGCCAGCAAUUUAGAGAUUGGGCUGUUUCCUCACUUACGCCUGUUUCCUCACACUUGUAUAAUUUUAUUCUCUCAACUGAAUGUGAAAGAUAUUAGACGAAGAUGACUGACAAUGUUACUUAUUCCGUAAUAAAGUCUCCUGCUGAACCCCAAGCUCAGAAGGACGACCGACGGCAGCAAAAAGCUUCUUCUUCGAGAUCCCCUCGCUCUUACCAUGUGGCGAUAGCUUUGGGGCUUCUGUCCAUCAUUCUAGCGAGUAUGCUGCUGUUGCAGUGGAUUCUGUACCGGGGCUCCAAGUUCUCCACUUGUGCCGGCUGUCCUCACUGCCCAGACUUCUGGAUGGGGUAUGGUGGCCACUGUUAUUACUUUUCAGUGGAAAAAAGGAGCUGGAAUUCUAGCCUGGAAUUCUGCUUAGCCAAAGACGCGAAUCUCCUUAUGUGUAAAGACCAAAAGGAAAUGAGCCAGCUCCAAAAUCUCCUCAGUCAGGAAUAUUACUGGAUUGGUCUGAGAAACAGUUCUGGCUGGAGGUGGGAAGAUGGAUCAGCCUUAAACAGCUCAAGGAUUGCUUCAAACAGCUUGGUACAGAAGUGUGGUACCCUUGGCAAAGGUGGUCUCCAAGCCUCUAGCUGUGAAGUUCAACUUUCUUGGGUCUGUAAGAAGGUCAGACGUUGAAUGUUCCGUCUGUCCUGUGGCUUCCUAAAAAGUGGGAAAUGACCUCUCGUGAGUAACCUUUAGUGAGUGCUGCCCUUCUAGCACAUAAAUUAGAUGUGAGAUUAAUGCCGCCUCCCUGGGAUUGAUGGCUUCUUGCUGGACUCUCUUUGAGAGAACUUAGUUGUUAUCUUAACACUUUAAAGAGUGCAGGCAAAUUUGUGAAACAGAUAAGGUUUGUUUUUAGUAUCCCUCUCUCUAGUGACUAAGGUUGUUGGCUUAGUCAUCCCCAUCAUCUCUGUCAAAAAUGUACUUUUAAAAUGUUAUAUUCUGAGCUGAGCUGAUGAAAUCUGUGCAACUAUGUACUAUUGCCAGUGUACUAAAGGGUUUUUCUGGGUGCCAGUGGGUUGACAUGCUACUCCUCCCUGAUAAUAUAUGUUUAUCCUAGCAGUGCCUCUUUGCAGGUAAAACUUGAAUAAGUUGUGGAAGGUGAAUGAGAGAGAGCAGGCUGGCGCUUUGUGGCUCAGCUCUUCACACUUCCGUAAAGAGCUGGCCUUGACUGAAUUUAGUCUUUUCGAAAAUGCAUAGUUGUGGUUGAAUAAACCAGUGUGUAGAAAACCAGUGUGUGGAAAACCAUCUUUUCCUUGUUAUGAAUGUGAUUUGGACAUUAAUUUCACAAUGUGAAAUGUGGGCAGUCUGGUAAGGCAUUAUUAUAGAGGAAAAUUUACAGAAGCAGUUUAUGUGGAUUGAUCUCCCAAUUAUUUUUGGCACAAACGACUAAAAAAUAAGAAAAACAUUAUUUAUCCUUAGUAGGGUUGGGCAUAGAUGAGAAAGCAAGGUGUUGUUUAGAGAUAGAGGAGGGAUCAGUAGGACAUAAUGACAAAUAAAAUUAAAGGGAAAGAAGGCACAGUGUUGUCAAUAGAAUCUCAGAAAUAAAACAACUGCUUAUUGUAGGUCAAUAAAGCAAAGAAAAAGAAAAGAUACAGGAGGGAAUGAUGAGGAGAUUAUAAUUCUGUACUGUUGGUGACUAUGGAUUGUGAUGUUUAUUUGAAUUUCCCUUUUGUAUUAUUUUUAGGACAAAGACUGUGUUUAACCCACCCUUGUAUCCCAAACACCUUAAAUAGUGCUUGCUUGUAUCAGUGAAUAUUCAAUGCUUGAAUAAAAAAAAAUGGAAUUUAAAA